AGCCCGUAGGUCUUCUGAUUCACAAUUUGACGUCCAGCUCAUGGAGUACUUGAUUUUCCGUUCGGUUGGUUUAUAGCCGUACAUCGAGGACGAAGAACCAAGCGGGGAAAUGGCGGAAUGACCGGCGGUUAAUAGUCAACCAAGUCUGAGUAAGAAUGACGGAAGAAGAUACUCCCAAGCUUUACAUGGACAAACCUAAUAAGGCGCAGAGGAAACGUAAAGCGUCGUUUACAAUGGCGCCGUCAUUGUCGACGGCGAGUAGGCCUCCUCCAUCGACCAACCGGCCACUCAAGGAACCAUUCGCUCGGCGGUACAAGUUCCUCUGGCCUAUGCUCUUGGCCGUCAAUUUCUCCAUUGGAGCUUGCCUCUUGUUGAUGCCAAAAAAGAGAGAGGGAGUCCUUGAGAACUUAGAAGCAUCACAGGCCUCUAGCGCUUCGAUGGUCGAUGCUGAUGCACGUAUAUCUCCUGGUUCUGAAAAAUAAGGUACUUGAUUCAUAGUGCAAGCUGUAUGGUUGAACCAAUUAUAAGCAAAGGGAAAUAAUAGCAAGUGCCAGCUGCUGUAAUGGUUAUUAGAGAGGAGAGUUUUGAAGGCAUAAAGUCCUGAAUAAAAACGAUGCAUUGAUUAGCCUGGAGGGUGGCCUUUCUCUAAAGAAGCAGCUGCUGACUGCUGUAAUAGUUUGGCGGUCAUUUACGCUUGGAUCAGAAUGGAUUAUAUAUGUAUACGCUCUCAUUUUAACUGAGCUGAAAAUCUACAGAUGAAUUUGGGGGGUGUUUGGAACUGAUCCUGCUUCUGCUUCUUUUUUAAAAGCAGAAGCAGAAUCAGAAUCAGUUUUCAGAAGCUGGUACCCCCCCAGCUUCUAAAAAAACUGAUUCUGAGAGUAAAUUAGGGAGUGUUUGCAACAGCUUCUGCUUUAAAAAAAGCACUUUUGGAGUGAUUUGGAAAAAGUGAUUAUUUGUAAAAGUUGAUAGUGUUUGAGAAAAAAGUGAUUUUGAAAAGUAAAAGUUGGUAGUGUUUGGUAAAAUAAGUGCUUUUGGUGUAUAAAAAGUGGAAAAGCACUUUUGACACGAAAGCCGAGAAAAAUAAAAAAUUGGUAGUGUUUGGUAAAUAAGUGCUUUUUUAAGCCAAAAGCUGAGAAGUGCUUUUUUUAAAGUGGUUGCAAACCAGCCUUUAGAGCUCCAGAAGUGCUUCUGGAAUUUCACCCAAACACUCCAGCUUCUGCUUCUGCUUCCUGAAGGAGCAGAAUCAGUUUUGAGAAUCAGAUCCAAACACCCCCUUGGUGUUCAUGUUUAAGAUCCCAAUCUAAGUUUGUUUUCUAGAAAUGAAUGAGAUGUUCAUCGUUGGUGCAACAA